AUGAUCACAGACCUGGAGGUGGAGAUUGACGGGUGCGUUGGUCACGUGACUCCGCUGGUGCUGACGGAGAACCACCCGAUGAUUGCACCGAUUUCCUCCAGUACAAGAGGAUUGACUUCUUCCACGGGAGGGUCUACGUCAAGCCCCUCUUUCAAGUGCCUUCAGCUCCCGAUCAGUUUGGCUUUUACCAUGACUAUCAAUAAUGCCCAGGGACAGUGUCUCAGAGUGGCUGGCAUCAACUUGAAGCAAACUUGCUUUUCUCACGGCCAGCUUUAUGUGGCAUGGUCAAGAGUGGGCUCUCCGGAACGCCUGUUCAUUUUGUCACCGGAGGGAAAAAUAAAGAACUUAGUCUACCAAAAGGCUCUCCGGUGA